AUGGGGUCUUCUAUGGCCCUCGAGGGCCGAAGUCUGGCAAUAUUUGUCUUGGCUACCGUUUUUAUGAUCAUCUCCUUCAUGACAGUUUCAUUGAGAUGCUUCGUUCGGUCUUACAUUGUCCGAGCCUUUGGCUGGGAUGACAUUCUUCUGCUCAUAGCACUGACACUAUAUGCCAUAUUAGCGGUAUGCUGCAUGAUUGGGACGUCGAAUGGCGUCGGACACAAAUUCACAGAUUUCACAAGUAUGGUGGUCUAUGAGCGAGCGCUUCUGGUAUUUUCUCCUCUAUCCAAAAUCAAAUGGGAGCUUCUCUAA